CGACGGAGCAGCUGCCUCGGCGCCAUGGUUGUCCUGCAACAUGGCACAAAGUGACCAAUCCCGAGGACGCUGUCGGUUCCCGCCCAAUAACAAGGCAGCGACCAAUCAGCUGCGGCGUUUCGGGCCGGACAAGCGGUGUUGGCCGCAAUAAGUUGUCUCCGGAGCCUUCUGUUCUCCAGGCUGAACACCCCAGCUCUGCCAGCCCGUCUCCAGGGGAGCAGAGGGACUCCAGCCCUUGCAGCAGCUCCGUGGCCUCCUCUGCACCUGCUUCGGCAGCUCCAAAUGUGUCUUGUUCUGAGGGUUCCAGGACGGGAGAAUGCUCUGCAAGUGGGGUCUCACCUGAGUGGGGCAGAGGGACAGAAUUCUCCCCCUCACCUGCUGCGUGUGCUGCUGGGGAUGUGCGCGCUGCCAGUCCCUGUCCAGUCUUGUUUUCCGUCUCAGAACUCUUGAUCCAUUCCCUUCCUGGUCUGUACUGGUACAGAGGUUGGCCCCAGCCAGAGGUGGGGCAAGAUUUCAGGGGGCCUGGGCAGCGCAGUGUCCUUGCCUCCUGGCCACCCUUACUGUGCACACAGAUGCACUGUAUUCCUAUUUCUGAUGGCCCCAGUAGUGUGCCAAUGACCUGCUAUGGCCACGGGCUCUGUCCCUACUUCACAUGCCUCAGGACCAAAGCUUUCCAGGUGUGCUCUGAAUUUUUCAUGCCGUGCCUGCAGCUUUGUUCACUUUGUUCGCUUCACUUUAGCUGUGAGAGCAAAUUCUCCAGAUAUCUAUGGCUAAUUUGUUUUACUUACCUAUCUUUGCGUGGUACAACCAUGGCCUUAUAUUGGUAGUAAUAGCAAUCAGUUAUUCUAGGUAGAAUGAGAUAUUUGCAACUCUAACAUGUACCUUUGUGAGUCUAAGUGGAAGAAAAGAGAGGGAAAAAAAAAAAAAAAGAAAAAGGAAGAUAAGAUGAGGAAACCAUUCAUAAGAACAUCACAUUUCUCCCAGUGAAGGACCCAGAUGCUGACAACUUUCCAUGACUCUCCCCUCCUCCUCUGCAAACAUCCGAGUGAACCACAGAUCUUAAUAUCCAGAGGAGCAGCAGGCAGGUCAGCGUAACAUCAGAGAAAGCACAGAAACAAAGUGCAUGUGUUGCAAUUUUAAUUGGAUUAUUGCUACUAGUGCAGCUUUUUUCUUGUAUAUAAGUACUUGACCUACAUUAUUUUUCUUUGCUUUUCUGUAAUUAGAUGUAGAUUUAUUAUGACUCUCAAAUCAGAUUGUUAAAAUUUCUAUUGUACUAAAAAUAAGUUUUGGCUUUAAAUGUGUAUGUUAAGUGGUGUGACUGAUUCUCUAUAGGGAAGGGCUAGGGCAUCCAGAAGGAUCUGGACAGGCUAGAGAGAAGGGCCCAUGCCAACCUCAUGGAGUUUGACAAGGCCAGGUGCAAUCCCCAACACGGGUACGGGCUGAGUGAUGAGUGAAUUGGGAGCAGUCCUGUGGAGAAGGCCUUGGGGGUCUUGGGGAAUGCAAAACUGGAUAUGGGCUGGUAAUGUGCACUCCCAGCCGACUGCAGCCUGAGCUCCAUCAAAAGUAGCACGGGCAGCAAGGGAGCCUAGCCUCCAGUUACCUGCUUUAGGGGAAGGUGCUUCUGCCCACGGCAAGGGCUGUAAUUAGAUGAUUUUAAGGACUCUUCAACCAAAACUAUUCUGUGAUUCUGAAGGUCCAUCAAUGGCAAGCACAGAGAGAGCGUGUGCUUAGACAUCCAGCCUACCCAGCAGCUGCCUCUUGAUGCCUGGUCUCCCCAGCUGCUGGCACCUGGACAUGCCGGAGCCUGCGAGGUGCACAACCCUGCCACAGCCACCAAUACAGAUUCCAUGGCACACAACGACCUGCAAACGGACACACACAGGGGUGCCUCUCGAGUGCAUGUGAUGGGGUGCUCAGGAUGCAGAGAAACACAGACAGCUCCUAAAAUAGCAGCGAUUUGCUAGAUUAUCUUGCAUCUCCUUUCCAUUCUAAGAAGACUGUUUGUAUCAUUGAAACUUUCUGGUUUGUGGAUCAGCCUCUAAGAAGAUUAAAAUUUAUAAUUGGCUUGCGGAAGGCUAGAUCCCUCACGUAACUGACAUUGGUGGACAGGAGCAAACGGGCAGUGCUGUGAGAGCCACAGGAGGAAGAGGAUCAUUCCUAUAGCAUCAUCCUUGUGACCACAGAUACAUAUGGGCAACAACAGCAGCUCCACCGUGGAUGAUCUACAAGCUGUUGAGAUCCACCACUGGUACAAGAAAUUCAUGACGGAGUGUCCUUCUGGACAGCUGACAGAGCAUGAAUUUAAGCAGUUCUUUGGGCUUCGAGGGCUGGAUCCAGAGGCCAAUAAGUACAUUGAGCAGAUGUUCCGCACAUUUGAUAUGAACAAGGAUGGAUAUAUUGAUUUCAUGGAAUAUGUGGCUGCCCUCAGCCUCGUUCUCCGAGGGAAGAUGGAGCAGAAAUUGCGGUGGUAUUUCAAGCUCUAUGAUGUAGAUGGCAAUGGCUGCAUUGAUCGACAUGAACUGCUCAACAUCAUCAAGGCUAUUCGAGCUAUUAAUGGUGGUGACCAUGAAACUAGUGCAGAAGAGUUCACCAACCGAGUCUUCAACAGGAUUGAUGUCAAUGGCGACGGUGAACUUUCUCUGGAUGAAUUUGUGGAGGGAGCAAGGAAAGAUGAGGAGUUCAUGGAGGUUAUGAUGAAAAGUUUGGACCUGUCACACAUUGUGGCCAUGAUAAACAACCGUCGGCAUAGUGUAUAAAUCAAGCUGGGAGAAAAUGCUGUGCCAAUAGACAGAAGGAUGUCACAAAGGAGAGACAGCAUUUUUCAAAACGGAAUUUCCAUAAACUUGAAUAUGGAAGUAGGAACAGAAAUACACUGCUAUAUUUGUGUAUCUGAGUGCAUGUUCCUGUACAAAUACUGAAGCUUAGCCAAAUGCAAUGCAGGUUCAGAAAAACUGAAUCUGGGUGGCAGUAUUUGACUUGUCUUUCUAAAAUUUAAAGGCCAAAUUUCAGGACACAAAUUUCCUUUUUGUUCUGUGUCCCAGAUUAUCAGUUUGAAAUGGACUAAAUGUAACGCCAAGUUUGUGAAGAGCGCUAGCAGAACUGGGUGGUGGAGUGUGAAGGAAAUAUUCUGACAUAGAAAAGAAGAAUUUCAAGCAGUUAUUAGUGUAGGGAACGAACAAAAGAAUGUAACUUGUACUGUUCUUGUCAUCAUAUUGGUUCAUAAACACCGGUAUGGUUUACCAGCAUAGUCCAUACCACAUGUGCUCGGAUUUGGUAGUCUCUACAGAAGCAGCUUAAGUCAUAAGACCACAAGAACUGAAAGAAAAACCAGUCUGACAGUGACAAAUCUGUCCUCAGCUGCAGCUGUUUGAACUUUCUGUGAUCAAAGAACGCUAGCAAACAAGUCAGCAGUUUGGAGCAGCUUCUGUAACCAGAGAAAAUAUGCUACUCAGUUUCCCAAAGUAGAAGAAUUACUUGAGAGAUCAAAUAUUUUAUAUACUCAUGGUCCUACUUAUUCUCCUCUCAUACAAUUGAGUCGCUGGGAAUAUUCAAGGCCACAUUAAACAAGGCUUGGAGUAACUCGAUCUAGCCCCAUGGCAUGGGGCUGAAGCAAGAUGAUCUUUGAAGUCCCGUCCUGCCCAAACCAUUCUGUGACUCUAUAAAUGAAGUAUUUGAAGGUGAUCCUAAUAUUAUUGCUUCACACAUCCUUUAUUGGUCUUUCUUCUUGUUCUUCAGGAGACAAUCUAAUUGAAAGAAACAACUCACCAAGGUGACUUGUGAAUUGUGCUGUAUAAUGAGAAGGCUGGAGUGAAGCUGAUACUCUAGAUCAGUGCUGCCAUAAAUGACUCUGAUUUUAUACACAAUGGGAAGAGUGAUUCAGCAUGGAUAGAAGCUCAGCAAACUGUGUCUUGUUCAUUGUUCAUUAGAUAAGGUCAUGAUCAGAAGCUCCUUUGAAUCUGGGAAGAGAACCAGAAGGAAAGAAGAAUGCAGGAAAUGUUCAACAGAGUGCCUAUGCCAUAGUUGGCAUGUUUUUCCUGUGCAGGAGAAAGAAUGUGCAGACUAGUAACAAAACUUUAGAUUGGACUUAUUGUUGCUUAUAUUUAGGCUUCUGUGAUGUUCAUAUGUGUAUUGGUUUGCACGGCAAGGUCUUGGUAGCAGGGAGGCUAUAGGAAUGGCUUCUUCUUUGAGAAGCUGAGGGAAGCUUCCCCCAUGUCUGGCAGAGACAAUGCCAGCCGGCACCAGGAUGCCACUGGCCAAGCCUGAGACCUUCAGCCAUGGUAGUAACAUGUCUGGGAUAACAUAUUUAAGAAGGAAAAGUUAUUGGGCAGAAGCAAUUGCAGCCAGAGAAGUGAGGACUGAGAAUAUGUGAGAGAAACACUUCUGUAGACACCAAAGUCAGCUAAGAAGGAGAGGGAGGAGGUGUUCCAGGUACUGGACCUGAGAUUUUCCUGCAGCCCAUGAUGCAGGCCAUAGUGAAGCAGAUUGUCCUCCUGGAGCGCAUGGAGGUCUGCAGGAGCGAAGCACAAAUCUACCUGCAGCUUGUGGAAGAGCCCCAUGUUGGACCAGGUCCUGGAAGGACCUGUGGGCCUGUGGCGAGAAGAGCAGGUUUCCUGGUAGGUCUUGUGACCUCACAGGGGACUAACUUUAAAGCAGUUCCUGAAGGACUGAUCCCAGGGAAGAUACCUCACACUGGAGCAGCUCAUGAAGAACCACAGCCUGUGAGAAGGACCCAUAUUGGAGAAAUUAAUGGAGAACUGCCUCCUGUAGAAGGGAUC